AUGCUUGCAGAGGGCAGAGAAACGCCGGUCGCCACAGUGGUUAAAACAAACAGUGGACAUGGAGAUGAGCCAUGCCCGCGCAGCUCAGUCAAUUUUAUUGACCACAGUCGGCGACACCGAACUGCCUUUACCCGGGAACAACUGUCCCGCCUGGAGCAAGAAUACCUCAAGGAGAGCUACGUUUCUCGACCGAGGAGAUGCGAACUGGCGACAGCACUGAACCUUCCCGAGACCACAAUCAAGGUAUGGUUCCAAAACAGGAGAAUGAAGGACAAGAGGCAGCGUUACUCUCUCAGCUGGCCACACCCCCUGGACUCCAACCUGUGUGCCCUGAUGGUGAGCCAGGCUGCAGCAGGCUUACCUUACCCCUUUCUCCCUCCCCUCCCUCCCCUCCCCCUGCACCUCUACUCUCACCACGGAGUGGGGGCAGGUGCCCCCUCUGUUCCCAGCCCCUUCGCUGCUCCCCUCAGGCCACUGGAUCCCCUGCGCCUCUCUCAUUCCCCCUACCCCAGGCCGGGUGGUCUACCCCCAACGGCCCUCUACCCCCAUUCCAAUGUGAUGCACCAUCCCGCCACUUGCCCCUGCCCCCUCUGCCUCCACUGGGGAUCAGACCAACUGUUCAAAGCCAGAGGGCUGAGCGCUAUUGGCCUGAAUCGACCAUGCAGUCCCAAAACUAUGGCUGCCAGUCUGGACAGGAGGGAAGAGGUGCCUUUGCCCAGAUGA